AUGGUUCUCCUCACAGUGACCUCUUCCAUCUUGGAAGCUCUACAAAGAGUUCCAGAUGGCCCAAGUAAACUACAGCGAGAUGGCGAGCCGUCAUUAAGCGAUGUCGAUAUUGGUUCACCCAUCUCACAUGGCCAGAUCAUGGAUUUGCGGAAUCUACUCAAAGCCGGUAACCAUAAUGAGUACAGCCUGGAGAUACUGUUGAAAGGUUCCAAGGUUUAUGUGCCUCCACCACCGCCGAAGCCUGAGCCGUCUGAUGAAUACAAAGCAUUGAUGGCCAGACUUCGCCGUGAAGAGGAGGAACGCGCCUAUGAACGCAUGAUCAACCCCGUUCCACCCAUGGAGACCUUCUCGCAACGAUUCCCUUCAAGCACGGGCAUGGCUCGGGCAUUCGCCGAAGCCAACAGACCUACACGAAAGGAAGACAUGGGCGAUGAUGAUGUGACGUAUGACGAGGUGCACCGCCAACUAAUGCUCAUCUUCAACUUCAUGGUCACCAUGCUAGGCGUGGCAGCUACUCUUUGGAUCUUGGCGCGUUGGUGGAGCACUCCGGCUAGAAUCUUCCUCACUAUGGGAGGCAGUAUCAUUGCAGGUGUUGCUGAAGUUGCUCUGUACUCGGGAUACGUGUGGCAUCUUGGUCAGGCGAAGAAGAAGGAUAAGACUUUCAAGGAGGUCAAGGAAGUGGUCCAGACAUGGGUUGUUGGUCCGGAAGACAAAGAGGCAGCAGACAAGCUGAUUGCCAUUAAGGAUAAGGAGCCUGCUGCCGAGGACACAAAUCUUAGAAGACGCAAAAAGUAGAUGUAGACUGAUAGAUUCAGUUUAUCCC